UGCCCGGCUCUUCGCUCUGCCCAGGCACCUCCGUGAUGACCGUGAACGCCACGGAUGCGGACGACGCGGUGAACACCGACAACGGCAUCGUCAGCUACUCCAUCGUCAGCCAGCAGCCGCCCAGCCCGCACCCCCAGAUGUUCACCAUUGACCCGGCCAAGGGCAUCAUCAGCGUGCUGGGCACGGGGCUGGACCGGGAGACCACUCCCACCUACACGCUGAUUGUCCAGGCCACGGACCAGGAGGGCAAAGGUCUGUCCAACACCGCCACGGCUGUCAUUGAGGUCACGGAUGCCAACGACUCCAGCACCGAUGACAUCCUGAAGACCAACAAGGCUCCAGCCAAACCUGAGAUGCUGAGCGGUUCCCUGACCACCCACGUGCUGAACACGGCCACAGGGCUGCCCGCUGCCGGCCUCGCUCUGCGUCUGGCACAGCUGAGGGAGCCAGGGGGACAGUGGACAGAGCUGGCACAGAGGUGGACAGAUGCAGAUGGACGCUGUUUGCCCUUCCUGCACCCUGGACAGGCUGAGGCUGGCACCUAUAAACUGCACUUCGAGACGGCAGCUUACUGGCAAAGCCUGGGGUACAACAGCUUCUACCCCUUUGUGGAGGUUGUCUUCACCAUCACUGACCCAGCCCAGAAGCUGCACGUCCCACUGCUGAUCAGCCCCUACUCCUACACAACGUACCGGGGCAGUUAGGGCAAGGCACAUCCUCGCUCCAAUGCCACAGGGGAACUACUUGACUGAUACCAUUAAAGGACUCAAACAGCA